CCAAGAUGGCUUUCGACAAGGACACCACGCCCAGACCAGCGGCGAGGGACUACAGAGGCGCAUGCGUUGAAGACCUCCAACUCUCCCCAGCAUUCUGCUUGCCCCAAGACGCGAUCGUCCUCAAUGCUCUGGAGACUGCCUAUGAGAGAGAAUUUGACCAUCUUCCUAUCCUCAACCACAAACGUAAACCCAUCGGAUACCUAGACAUUCCUUCUCUGAAGCAGAAGCUUAGUGCUGGCGCUGUGACAGAGCACGACCCCGUCUCCAAGCUCACAAACUACUUUACCAUCUCCAACCCCUCCAACCCCUAUACCGUCAUCUCUCCUCUUACCCCCCUCGAAGAGUUGGAAUUGUUCUUCGAGAAGCGGGCCGUCGACUUUGCGUUGGUCACGGAUGGAGAGCGCAAAUGGGUAUUGGGUGUCGCCACCAAAGACGACUUGGAGACUUUCGCCAAACGACGGGGUUGAAGCUGCGUUUGCGGCUCGAGGCUCGAGCCGAGGGGUGUAUAGAUCAAGCAUAAUUAUGGCAUAACAAGUAACGGUCGAUUCAGACACAAUCCCGGUAUCAUGCCGUCUCUGAUACUUGAUCAGGUUGCACAUAUAUUCUGUAUAGGUAUGUAGUGCAGAGUUCAAACAGCUUAAAGAGGACGUCGGUUGGGCUAUUUGGUCCCAGUCUUCGCGGAUUUCUUUCGUUUUCAGACUCUGAUCGACUCUUGAUCGACUCUAGACAGCCACAAAACUUCAUUCUCUGCAGCUUCCCUGCUGUCAGCCGAAUUACAACCCUCUCGACUAUGAGGAAAGUCUUUCCAUAUCCGGAUAUGCAUGUGGAGCUCACUGCAGACUGCCAUCAGCAGGAUUUGGUAACUUCCAGCAUCAUCGUCUGCUGCUCGCU